AUGGAAACAACAACAAUUCAAAAUAGAACUUUUCAAAUAUCAUUAGACCAACCUUUUGGUAUAUAUAUUGACGACUAUUUUGUAAAAUGGUAUAAAUUUGUUACAGGGAGCAAUGCAGAAGAUUUUGCAUUCAUUCAAGGAGAAACACCACUUUCAACAGUACCUGAAGUUGUCAUUAGUUGUAUUACAUAUUUUGCCGUUAUAUUUGGUGGACAAGUCAUCAUGAAAGAUUUUUCACCAAUCAAACUUAAAUUGAUUUUUCAACUUCAUAAUUUCGCAUUGACUGUUUCAUCAGCAAUUCUAUUAGCUUUGUUCUUUGAACAACUUUUACCUAUUUAUUGGCGUAAUGGAAUCUUCUAUGCAGUUUGUAACAAUGAUGCUUGGACUCAAAAAUUGGAAUUAUUAUAUUAUUUAAAUUAUUUAGUAAAAUAUUGGGAACUUGUUGAUACAGUUUUCUUGGUCUUGAAAAAGAAAAAUUUAGGUAAUAAAUUGUCAUAUAUGACCAUGGUUCUUUGUUUUACACAAUUGGCAGGAAGAACUUCUGUGUCCUGGGUGCCAAUAACUUUAAAUUUAACUGUCCACGUGUUUAUGUAUUAUUAUUAUUUCCGAGCUGCUGGAGGUGCAAGGAUUUGGUGGAAAAAAUACCUUACGACAUUGCAAAUUGUUCAAUUUGUAAUUGAUUUGGUUUUUGUAUACUAUUGUUCUUAUACAUAUUUCACCGCAACAUAUUGGCCUUGGAUGCCUAAUCAUGGAUCUUGCGCUGGUAGUGAAAGAGCUGCAAUCUUUGGAUGUGGACUUUUGAGUAGUUAUUUACUUUUAUUCAUUGGAUUCUAUCGAAAAACUUAUAACGCAAAACCUUCGACAAUUACGAGUAAAGGAAAAACAUCCGUUAAAGCUGAAUGA